AGAGACCAGACAGGACAGCCAGCAAAACAGCUCAUUCACUCACUCACACUCACUCACACUCACUGACUGCGCAGGAUGGCUCCUUCUAACACUAGCAUGGUGCAGACUGCUGCCAAUGAGCUCAGCUCACAGGGACUGAGGAAGCUGAGAAAGCCAGUGAUUGAGAAGAUGAGGAGAGAUCGCAUUAACAGCAGCAUUGAGCAGCUCAGGACUUUACUGGAGAAAGAGUUUCACAAACAUCAACUUCCAUCCAAACCAGAGAAAGCAGACAUUCUGGAGAUGACAGUGACCAUCCUGCAGCAGCACCUGGCUGGGAAAUCUGCUCCAUCAUCCAGCCAGAGCUACAGAGAAGGUUACUCCAGAUGCCUCCAGGAGUCUGAGCGCUUCUUCUCCCAGCACAAACAGACAGAGGUCCAGGUGAAGCUUCUGCAGAACAUCCAUGGUGGACAAGCUGUGGCAGAGAGGGGCUUCACUUCUGGGUUAUCUUUCUACCAGAACCCAAACAAACAAAUUGCUACAGAGACCACCAAAGCCAUCUGGAGACCCUGGUAGUCACUCUGUGGACUUUACUGCAUUGAAUAUGCAAAAUAUAAUAUUGCAGCCUUUUCAUUGCCAGCUGCUGGUGAUGCCCCCAGGAUCUAUAGGACAUUUUGCCUGGUGGGCAGUUUGUUUUCAUUUGCACAGAAUAGAAUGUAUUUGGUGGCCCAAGGCCAUGUGUGUAAGGGAUUGUUCUCUGUCCCCCUCUGGCUCUGCCAGUUGACUAUGUUUUAUCACAUGAUGAUAGUGUAAGCAUGUAACUAAUGCCAUUAGAUACAUAUUUUUUUAUAUUAUGGCAAGAGCCCAAAAGCUCAACAGGUAUUUGCACAGUUGAAUGAUGUCAUUUAAGUGGCAGAACAAUAUGAUAUUUGUAACCUUCAAUGAAGGGAAUGUAUUGAAAGUUGGAGUAAAAAUAAUAUUCCUGUGUAAUUUUUGCUAAAAACAAUUACUAUAUGGCUUUCUGGUAUUGCUGAUGUUAACUGAUACAGUUGAAAGAUAUUAUAUUUUUAUUUUAUAGUAACAUAUAAAAAAAACAUUGACUUUUGUUGUAUGUUACAACAGUUGUAUUCUCAGUGAGGAUUAUUUAUGCUAAUCUAUUAAUUAUAUGGAUAAGUAUACAGUAACAUGGAUCAUGACAUGAUAGUGGUGAUGCAAUCACAAGUGCAUAACAUGUUAUUUUUUUAUAUGUAAAUUAUCUCCAUUUUAGAGGUGAUGAACAUUCUGUAAUGUGUAUUUUACACUAUAUGCUAAAUCUGCAUUUAAUUCUAUUAUGUAUUUUGUUAUAUAUGUUUCUGAUAUGCCACGUUUUAUAAACGUACAUUAACUUAUUGAGUUCCAAGAAUUAAAGUUUGCAGAAAUUGUAA